AUCGCCAGUUCACCUCAGCUAAUGACUGCGUGGGCUGACUUUUCUGCUGUUCAUUUUCUUGUCGCAGUUCAGAAACAGAAGUGGCGUGAGGGGACAGAGGGGGAACGUUUGGAGAUGAAUCUAUACAGGAGCUUUGGAAACCUCAUGGAGGCUUGGGUAUCUGAAGGAGGCCAGUCUUCGGACUCAGAGUGGCCGGGAAAUAAUGAUGAGGACUCUCCUACACCUCCGUCUGACAUGGGGACAAACCUGCGCUCAGAAUCGGUGGACUCUGGAGUGGAGACAGCCAGCUCUGAGACGUCCUUUCCUGCUAACGCAGAAAUAGAAGCAUUUAUACCAGAGACAGAAGGACUCUCUCCAGCUUCAACAUCACAGUCUCCUGUCCUCUGCUCUCCUCCACCUUCCUCAUCCUCCUCCUCCUCCUCACCGCGACUCUGUCCCAGCAGGGCUCAGGAGGGCUCCGUGGCCUUGCACCAAAAGCUGGAGCAAGCACUACAGAGGACUGACUCCAAACAUCGAAAAGCGGAGCCCUUCACGGUUGAUGAGGUGCUCAGGCGACGACCUCGAUCAUCUUUCCUACCCAAAAGGCACACAUCUGAGCUAGUGAGAGGUCAAAGGUUGGAGAGUUUUGGCCUCAGGAGGACGGUCAACCCAUUAGUGCCCGCAAGGCAGACAUGCAGACGACCGCUGUCUAUGAACUGUGACAGGCAUCCAGCUCAGGCAAGAUUAGAGGAGCUUGGUGAGGGGGAAGGAAAAGGACUGAGUCCUGGGCUCAGCUACUUGGAGCAGGUGUGCCAAAUGUUAGAAGAUACUGCCAGACAACAGAUUCACAGCCGAGCGUUACAGAUGGAGAUGAAAGCCCUGCGGCAGCAUCAACACUUAGAGGCUUUCAACACCCAUCACAGUGGCUCUAAAGCUGCUGAGGAGGACCUCUCUUCCAGUCGAAGUUUUGAAAGUACAGAAUUUUCCACGUUCAAUUCCAGUGAACCCCCGCGUCGGAAAGAUUACGGACAUUUCCGGCAGAGAUCAGCUUCAGACACAGCUAUUGCAACGCUGCAUUUAAGAAUGUUGAAUGCAGACUGCAGAGGGCAGCAUCUGAAUACAGAAGACCUGCUGGAGAAUGAAGAGGAAGAGGCAGAGGAGAAUGAAGUGCAGCAGUCUAAAAAAGAGGAGACUAAUAAAUCCAACAAGAACUGGAAGUUUAAAAUUGGGUCUUUGAGAAGAGAAGAGCCUGCUGAGAGAGAAGUAAAGAGCCAACAGAUGCAGUCAUCUGAGAAGAACUCAGCCCGGCGACGGUUGAGCCAGUUGUUCAGGAGGAACAGGAGGAAAACUGCCCGUAGAAAUGAUGAUGAAUGAUGGUUUCAGUUGAAGAGAAGAAACCUUUCCAUUAAAAGCCUGAACGCUGUCCCUGCUUCAAAACUGACUUCCUACUCAGCCCAUGUAAUGGAGCAAUCUGCAAUGUUUAUUUAUUGCCUGCUACACUUGCCAGUAUUAAUUAUUUUGAUAAAUAAUAGGGUUUUCUAUGAAACUGUGAUGGGGGAUUAAAUUCCUCAUCACACCACAAAGCCUGAUUUUAUGCACUCAAACUUGUAUCCAACAUUUUUCCCCAUUGAAGCUGCAAAUUGUAAAGAACACUAGUGUGCACUCUACAGUACAUAACAUUGUAAAUGUCAAGCAAUAUAAUGUAAAUCUAACUAUCUGACUGAAACUUUUAUUCGUUUUGUUUUGGUGUACUUCUGCAACAUGAGAGUAACCUGCUUCAGCACCCAAAUACUGCAUGUCCGCAUAUGGAGCAACAAUCUGAUAUGACUGCUAAAUACCAAAAUAUAUCACAGAAUGAAAUAUGACUUAAUUGGGGCGGCACUAAUGAUUAUGUUGAUUAUUUUUCAAUCAAUCUGAUUAACAUGUCCCAAAUAUAAUCACGUAACAAUGAUAUAAAAGCGGUUUUAAUCCUCACAUUUGAGAAAUUGGAUCCAGUGAACCUUGUGUACUUUUGCUUGACAAAUGGCUCAAACAAUUCAUUACUUGUCAAAGUUCCUGAUGUUAAAUUUUAGGUUGAUUCGCUAAUGGAUGAAUAAACUAAUUGCUUCAGA